AUGUCUGCCUACGCCAAAGCCGCAACGGCGGCGCUUGCGUCCAGAGGUCUCUGGUCGUGGCCUGGCUUACACCCAUGGAUUUCGCCACUUGGUACCCCCGAGCAUCAGCAUAUGCCACCAUACCUCGAGAACAACCCGCUUCCGCAAGGUUAUCCAUGGGGUGGCAGAACAGCAAAAAACACGAACUACUACCAAGAAACACCUAAUACUGGCGUGACCCGACACUAUGAUUGGAGUGUGGACAGGGUGGCAUGCAACCCUGAUGGACUGUUCGAGAACCAAUGUCUAUUGAUUAAUGGCGUAUUCCCUGGCCCGACCAUCGAAGCCAACUGGGGCGAUUGGAUUGAAGUUACGGUCACUAACAACAUUCCGGACGAGGGCACAUCGAUUCACUGGCAUGGCCUUCUGCAAACAGCCACACCAUACAUGGAUGGCGUACCAGGCAAUACUCAAUGCCCAAUCGCACCUGGCAGCACUUUCACAUAUCGCUUUCAGGCUGAUCUAUAUGGAAGCACAUGGUAUCAUUCCCAUUGGAGUGCACAGUACGGUAGCGGUCUGUUUGGUGCAAUCAACAUCUAUGGACCGAAGAAUUGUGAAUACGAUUCCGAUCUGGGCCCGGUCAUGAUGCAUGAUUAUUUCCACGGGUACUACGAAGAGGCUGUUCAGAAGACGCUUGCGGAUCCGGCGUCAGGACAGAACGGGCCACCUCUUGCGGACAACAACCUGAUCAACGGCAAAGCAUCAAACGGUCCAGCACCAAUGGCAUCCUUCAAUGUCACCUCCGGCAAGACGUACCGCCUCAGACUGAUCAAUACAUCGGCGGCUGCUGUACAGAAGUUUUCUAUCGAUGGCUACACAGUUACUAUCUUCGCGAACGACUUCGUACCCAUCGUUCCGUACGAGACGGACGUUGUCACACUUGCCGUCGGUCAAAGAUCAGACAUCCUCUUCAAGGCCACCGGCAAGCCCACCGAUGCAGUUUGGAUGAGAGCAUUCCGGCCACCGGCGUGCGGCCCGUCAGCAGGUGGCGAAGAAGUAACCGCUGCGAUAUUCUACGAGGAUGCUGAUCGCUCGCAACCGCCCACCACAUCUGCUGGCCCGAACGCGUAUAGCCAGUUCUGCGGGAAUGAUCCACUGUCCCAGACUGUGCCAUACUAUCCAAUGGCUGCCGGCGACCCCACGACGACAGAAGUGCUACCGAUCAAGUUCGAGUCCAACGGUACGGCGCUGUUGUGGUAUCUUGCGGACCAGACGUUCCGUAUCAAUUACAACGAUCCUAUUCUACUGGAAGCUAAGCUCGGAAACCUCGACUUCCCAGAGAUCCAGAGCGUGCACAACUACGGCACGAAUAAGUCUGUUCGCUUCAUCAUCGAGAACCCUGGCAAUCAACCACAUCCUAUGCAUCUUCACGGCCACAACAUCUUCGUCCUCCAAGAAGGCUCAUGCUCAGGCGACGGCGGUGUUCAAGGCGAGCUACCUGGUGGCCCCGGUGCGAACGGCACAAAGCGCGACCUCGACAUCGAUCAUGGCGUCAAGGUCAAGCGAGAGGGUGAAGGAAGCUGCUGGGACGGCUCGAUAACGAACCCUGAGAACCCUCAACGAAGGGACGUCCAGAUGCUGCAGCCGGGCUCGUACAUUGUUAUUCAGUGGUUUCAAGACAACCCGGGUGUCUGGCCGCUUCACUGCCAUAUUGCUUGGCACUUGAGCGCCGGUAUGGUAUGGAUGGUACUCGAGAACCCAGACGAGAUUGCAAACGAAAUGCAAAUACCGAGCAUCAUGUCCCAGACAUGCAGAGACUGGUCCGCGUAUACCGGAGAGAAUGUGGUAAAGCAGAUUGAUGAUGGCAUCUAA